CUCACUCCAUUGCUAGUAGUCCAUCGCUUCUGCGAAGACUUCACCGAAAAAAGAAACACAACACAGACGAAGACGAAUUUCUCCCACAUUUCACGAAUGGCCAGAAGUCUAGCUGGAUUUCUGGCUCUCUUUCUCUUCGUAUUGAUCUGCGGAGCCGCUUCUCUUUUUCAACCGAUCUCGGAUUCUCAUCGAUCUGCCGCUCUUGAGCUCUUCACUCCAACCCAUGGAUCCUUCAAAAGCUUAGAAGAGACAUACGAGGCGCUAAGAACAUUUGAGGUUCUCGGAAUUGGAAAGAAGCCUGACGUGACUGCCACAGCUUGCCGCUCCAUUUCGGAAACCCUAGGCUUAUUGACUUCAACCCCAAAGGAUCUUUUCUAUGCUCUAAAAGCAAAUAGCAUAGUGAAAUGCAAGAUAAACGAGAAAACUUCUGAGGGUAUUAUUACAAGACUUAAUACUGCUGUCAAUGGUGCAAGUUCGUUGCUGGACUUCUAUUAUUCGAUAGGAGGUUUGGUACUCAUCAAGGAUCAGACUUCUAAAGCUGAUGUUUAUCUUACUGAUGCUGAGGGUGUUUUCCGCUCAGUCAAGGCUUUCAGCCAGAGUGAUGGCAGGUGGCGUUAUAGUUCAAAUAAUCCUGAGUCUAGUGCCUUUGCCGCUGGAAUAGCACUUGAAACACUUGCUGGAAUUGUUUCUUUAGCAUCUUCAGAAAUGGACCAAUCUUUGAUCAUUACUCUAAAGAAUGAUAUAAGCAAGCUUUUUGACAGUAUUGAGAAAUAUGAUGAUGGGGCCCUUUACUUUGAUGAUAAACUUGUUGAUGGACAUGAACAUCAAGGUCCUUUGUCAACCACCUCAUCUGUUGUUAGAGGGCUAACAGCAUUUGCGGCAGUGACUGCUGGAAGUGUCAAUCUUCCAGGGGACAAAAUACUCGGAUUGGCAAAAUUCUUCCUUGGUAUUGGAGUUCCUGGUGAUGCCAAAGAUUUCUUCAACCAAAUAGACUCCUUAGCUUGUUUGGAAAGCAACAGGGUUUCCAUCCCACUGAUACUAUCACUUCCAUCUACAGAGCUUUCUUUGACUAAAAAAGACUCACUCAAGGUUAGAGUUAACACUGUGCUUGGUUCAAAUGCACCACCUCUAACAGUGAAGCUUGUUGGAGCUUUUAGUUCUGGUUCAAAGGAUGCAUCUCUAGUUGAAAGCCAGUAUGAAAUGCAGGAACUUAAGUUUGACGCUGUAACUGGGGUACAUAUCUUGAGCAGCUUGCCGAAGAGCAUUGAUGUUGGAAGUUACACAUUUGUUUUUGAGAUUGUGCUUCAUGAAUCGGAGCAUGAAAAGGUCUAUGUUACGGGGAACCAAACAAAAGUACCAAUAUUUGUCACAGGACUUAUCAAAAUUGAAAAUGCAGAAAUUACAGUACUUGAUGGUGAUCUUGGGAGCAUAGAAACACAGAAAAAGCUAGAUUUAGCUGGACAAAAUGUUGUAUCGUUAUCAGCAAACCACCUCCAGAAGCUGCGUAUAUCCUUUCAGUUGACAACUCCUCGUGGACGUCCUUUUAAGCCACAUCAGGCAUUGCUCAAGUUGAGGCACGAGAGCAAGAUUGAGCACAUCUUUGUGGUUGGAAACUCUGGAAAGCAGUUUGAGAUUGUUCUAAAUUUUCUUGGGCUGGUUGAGAAGUUCUUCUAUCUCUCAGGUAGAUAUGACAUCGAGCUCGCAGUUGGUGAUGCUGUUAUGGAGAACUCUUUGUUACGAGCUAUUGGACAUAUCGAGUUAGAUCUACCAGAACCACCAGAGAAGGCACCCCGCCCUCCUCCACAACCUGUUGAUCCUUACUCAAGAUAUGGGCCCAAAGCAGAGAUAACACAUAUCUUCAGGGCUCCUGAAAAGCAUCCACCUAAGGAGCUUUCUCUUGCUUUCCUGGGUCUUACUAUCUUGCCAUUACUUGGAUUCUUAGUUGGGGUAUUACGUUUAGGGGUGAACCUGAAGAACUUUCCCAGCAAAGCCAUACCUGCCACAUUUGCCAUUCUCUUCCAUGUUGGAAUUGGAGCAGUUCUGUUGCUGUAUGUGCUUUUCUGGUUGAAGUUGGAUCUAUUCCAAACACUGAAACUACUUGGUUUCUUGGGAGUUUUCCUUGUGUUGGUUGGACAUAGAAUCCUUUCCCACCUGGCUGCAGCAUCAGCCAAGGUGAAAUCUGCCUGAUUGAAGAACAAACGAAAAGAUUUGUCUCCUACAUAUUAGCUCAAUUUUGUAGGCUCAUAUUUUCUGCUUCGAAUCUUAGUAAUUAGUGUUACAGAAAAGAAAAUACAAUGCUACUUGCGUGUCGAUGCCAUAUUUGGUAGCAAAAAUAUUUCUAAUUUAAAAUGCUGAGUUGACUUGAGACAUUCGUGGCUUCUUUGGGAUGCCUGCCACUGGACUGGAGUCAAUGUACGUUUCUAACCCUUUUAAGAUUUAUUACUUGCUCGAUAUCAUUUUUGUUA